CCAUAUCGACAAUUUUCUCAUUCCCCCACCUCUCCCUCCCUCUCGCUCCCUCCACCGUCUUUCUCUCUCUAAAAUCGGAUUCCGCCGGCAGCAUGCUCGUCGGAGAACAACUCCCGCCACCGUUUACGGUGCUCUGACACUCGGAGACCGGACCGAAGGUUCGUUAUUUUCAGCCUAAACUCUGUCUUGUAUACAAUUCUCUCUGGAUGGUUAGACUCACUGCCGGCUUAUCCGGCCGCUCGCGUCGAGAUCCGGAUGAUUCUUCAUCCGGUCGGUUCGGAAGCGAAUCGCUUGGUUGACCUUUUAUUGAUCCAACGAAAACUCUGCAAUAUAGGUAAAAGCCUCUUUGUUUGGUUUGAAUUUGCCGUUUGUUAUUUCGUGUGCUUCGAGUAGCUCUCUUCAGAUUCUCGGACGAUAUGAACUGGAAACUAUUUGGAUUUUAAUGGUGUUUCCGGAGUCCGGAGUCGUCGCCUAGUGAUCUGCUCAAAUUAAUCGCCUGAGAUCGGUCGAAUUCACUGGAUUGAGAGAUAAGGGCUUUGCUUCGUUGUAGAUGUCCUGUAAGUUCCGCAUGUUGAAUUGAUUGUGUGAAUAUGGAAUGUGAUAUAUAUGUGAAUGAUAUGGUUGAUUUCAUAGAAUGAUGGAUAGAAUUGAUAGGCGGAGAACAGUGGCAUGCAAAGAUCGCAACUUGUUCUCUGGUUACUGGGAAAAUGAUUGAGAAUUCUGGAAGUGAAACUGUUUAAGUGGACUGGUUUUUUUAGCGAAUUUACUUCAAAAUGAUGUUGGUUUUGAGACGAAUUUGCAUAGUUUAGUUGGGGUAUACUAAAGAUUUGAUAGCAUGGCUUUACAAACUGAUAGGUCGAAGAAACAAUUGUGUCCUUCUUAUAGGAAGAGAAGUCAUUGCCCAGAUCAUGUGGUGGAGGAAGAAAAAGGAGGAGAAAACCCUGCCCUGGAAACGGGGUCGGAGGGAAGAGUUGAUGAUGGUCUACAGAAUUUUGGAUCAAGUGAUUCUCUUCUACCUAGCCUACAUGAUGACGUUGCAUUAAUUUGUCUUGCCCGGGUUUGUAGAUCUGAUUAUCCUUCCUUGUCUUGCCUAAAUAUACGGUUUAAUUCGCUAAUGAAAAGUGGGUACAUGUAUGAUUUGAGGAAGCAGCUUGGAAUCAUGGAGCAUUGGGUGUAUCUGGUCUGUGACCCGAGGGAAUGGCAAGCAUUUGAUCCCAUGAGAAAUAAGUGGAUGAAAUUACCUAAAAUCCCAUGUGAUGAGUGUUUCAACCAUGCAGAUAAGGAGUCAUUGGCUGUUGGUAGCGAAUUGCUUGUUUUUGGCCGUGAAUUGUUGGAUUUUGCCAUUUGGAAGUAUUCGUUAAUAUGUCAGAGGUGGGUGAAGUGUGAAGGGAUGAAUCAGCCUCGUUGUUUGUUUGGGUCCGGCAGUUUAGGUUCAAUUGCUAUUAUUGCUGGAGGAAGCGACAAGAAAGGGAAUAUCUUAAAAUCUGCUGAACUUUAUGAUUCCAGAACGGGUAGAUGGGAAAUGUUACCUAAUAUGCACUCCCCACGUAGGUUGUGCUCGGGUUUUUUCAUGGAUAAAAAAUUCUACGUGAUUGGUGGAAUGAGUAGUCCUACUGAUUCAUUGACUUUUGGGGAGGAGUAUGAUCCUAAGACAAGGAAGUGGAGGAAAAUUGAGGGCAUGUAUCCAAACGUCAAUAGGGCUGCUCAAGCACCUCCGCUUGUGGCAGUCGUUGAUAACCAGCUAUAUGCAGUUGAGUAUUUGACAAACAUGGUGAAGAAGUACAACAAGGAGAAGAACACAUGGGAUCUGUUGGGAAGGCUUCCAGUAAGGGCUGAUUUUUCCAACGGUUGGGGCCUGGCUUUUAAGGCUUAUGGAAAGGAACUUCUAGUUGUGGGUGGGCAAAGAGGCCCAGAAGGUGAAGCGAUCGUGUUGAACUCCUGCUGCCCAAAGUCUGGUAUUAAGGAUGGCACUUUGGGCUGGAAGGUGCUUGGCGCGAAGGAGCAUGUUGGGGUGUUUGUGUACAAUUGUGCUGUCAUGGGUUGUUGACUGUUCCUGCUAUAGAAUGAAACGCCCGAAGGAUCAAGAAUAUCAGACCUGGCCUUCUAUGCAUUCACACAUUUAUCUGAUUGACUGGAGUUAGUUAUUGCUGAGUUAGUGUCUUGCAAGAUGAUGACAAUUUUACUUGUUUUAACAUUCCUAUAUUGGGUGCUCCUCGCUUCACUGAUCCUGAAGGCUUCAUUCAUGGGUUAUUGGUUAGAAGUAAUAUGAUUAUAAUCUUGGUUUUUCAUGUCAUGUUUUGAUUUACAGCAAACAGCCUCAUACCAAUAAAUUUCAAAGUUUUGUUGUUCCCUGGGUUUUUAA